AUGAGGGCCACUCGUGAUAAUACUGAUCGCUUGAGAAGCAAUGUAUCUCCAGCGCCUGUCUCACAGUCCUCUGGUUUCACCGUAAAUGGCAGUGAAAAAGCGGGAGGAUUGAGCAAUGAAUCUCCUAUUACUAGAUGGCGGAAUUCACGUAAUGCGGAAGGAUCAGCAUCAACGCCUUCUGUAUCUUCAGCGGUAGCAGCAGCAGGUCGUGUACGAACUACUGAUGCUACUGCAAAGAGUCAGGAACCGUCAAAGGUCUCUUCUUAUUCUCGUAAAACGCUUGAAACUUCUUCUCCUGCGCGAAAAGGAGACGUAUCCACAAGUCCUGCUCCCUCCAACCUCUCAAAGCCUUCGGUUACGGUAAAUGGCAGUGAAAAAGCGGGAGGAUUAAGCAAUGAA